CAGCGAUGCCACAGUUUCUAUGGCCCUCAAAUAUUCCAAGCUGCAUGGUGCGGAUAAAUUUCGUGUGUUGGAGCUUGUCCAGAAUCGUGGCAAGGGCGGCGCUGUACGUCUGGGCAUGCUCAGUGCCCGUGGCCGGCAAUUACUCUUCGCCGAUGCCGAUGGUGCAACGAAAUUUGCCGUCUAUGAUAAACUGGCAGAGACAUUGACCAGUGUGGCGCCCGAAUGGCGUCACGAUGGCAUCGCCAUUGGUUCACGUGCUCAUCUCGAGAAUGAGUCAAUUGCAAGGCGUAGCUUUUUUCGCACAAUUUUAAUGCAUGGCUUUCAUACGCUUGUCUGGAUAUUUGCGGUGAGAUCGGUGCGAGAUACACAAUGUGGCUUCAAGCUAUUUACACGUGCAACCGCACGUAAACUAUUCAAUAGUUUGCACGUGCAACGUUGGGCCUUUGAUGUGGAGCUGCUUUAUCUGGCUGAACGUCUCCGUCUGCCCAUGGUCGAGGUGGCUGUGCGCUGGACAGAGAUAGACGGCUCCAAAUUGUCGCCAUUCUGGUCGUGGUUGCAAAUGGGCAUUGAUCUCUUUAUGAUUUGGCUGCGUUAUUUAAUCGGCGCUUGGCGCUUAUCUGCCAGUCAGAAGAAUUAAAAAAAACGUCAGCGA